UUUCCCUGCUCCUCCUAAACAAUUGGAUGUGGGGGAAGAAGUUUAUGAUGAUGUUGAUGCCUCUGAUUACCCCUCGCCUUCGGCAGACAUGAGUCAAGGAGCCAAGGCCAAAACAGAAGAGAAAGACCUUAAGAAGCUAAAAAAGCAGGAAAAAGAAGAAAAAGACUUCAGGAAAAAAUUUAAAUACGAUGGUGAAAUUAGGGUCCUGUAUUCAACCACAGUUGUUCCAUCCUUAACUUCUAAAAAGUGGGGGAACAGAGAGCUACAGGUGAAGCCUGGCGAAUCCCUCGAAGUUAUACAAAACACCGAUGAUACAAAAGUUCUCUGCCGGAAUGACGAAGGCAAAU